AACGCCGUGUGAUUGUCGGGCCGGUGUGUAGCAGCUCGUCGCCUCUACGCACUGGUAGAACUGGUAGAAGACUGCAGACGGCCGGCGAAAUCACGUCCUCAUGCCACGGAAUAAUGAGACGUCGUGAUUACAGGACGCCUGCCAACCCCCUCCCGCCAAAGGCCGAGCCCGCCCUCUGCUGCCUCUGCUGCAUCUGCUGCUGCACCUAAUUGCUCCGCCGUUGACCUCCGCAUUGUCUCGCGUUGCGCCCUCACCGUGAUUGGCCCUACCGCCUUUCUGUGCCCAACCCUGCUAUUCUGCCCCAAUUUCCACCGCAGCUCUUCCGAACCCAUCUUCCGACGCGACAAUUGCCUCCUUCCCCUAGGAGCCCCUCUGCAUGCGAUAGUUGUGUCGCCGAGCUCGUGCUGGGCUGCGCGCGCCGAUCAGGAAUCUCGGAAUGUCCAAAGACAAACGAAGGAGCAUCUUUGGCCGUAGCUCCCUCAGUGCCUUCGCGUCGCAAAGCAACAAGGAUGAAUCGCAACCCUCGAAUCUGCUGCGCAAGCGGCGCACGGCGUCCUUCAUGUCCAACCUGUCCGAUGUGUCGCAGUACACCGAGACCGCAUCCUCCAACGGCAGCACGGUAGCGGGGAGCAGUCACGUUAGGGAAACGAUAGAUGGGCAGCGGCCAAGUCUUUCCAAAAACAGCCUGAAGCGCGCCAGCUCUGUCUUCAGCUCCUUCCGCGGCUACAAACUCUCCGCAGACGACGACCCCGAACCUCUCUCGGCAACAUCAACACGAACGUCGACUGGCUUUGGAGAAUACAUAUGGGAAGACGUACACGAUCGCCAGGUGCUACAGCAUGGCGAGGUCCAGACGAGCAGCUCCAUGUUCAGGAAGAAGAGGGAAUACCUGUUGCUGACCGAGAAGCAUCUCAUCCGGUUCAAGAAUCACUCGAAAGCGAUUGAAGCAUUUCCUGGGAUACCUUCGCCGAACAACCGCAUGAGCUAUUAUCGCCACAGCCACAGCCCCUCGACCGGAUCGUCCCACGAGCUUCAGUCGAUGGCUUCAGAAUCGUCUGGAGAUCGUCACCAAGGCAUACCUCUACGCCACAUCGUUGCCGUGUACCAUCUAGACGACGGUCGACCGCACUUUGCGCUGGAACUGUACUAUCUGGAUGACGAGACGAACAACGCCUCAUCCAUGACUCUGCAGUUCGGGGACCCCGAAGAGAUGUUUUCAUGGCUCAAGGCCAUAAGAGAAGCGGCGAACAGGGCACGGCUGUCUGACGCGAAGCCCAUUUCCGCACACAACUCUCAUCUGGCUGCGCGUGUCGUUGAAGCAGAACGCGACUAUGUACCUCCACAUUACGCCAUAUACAAAGUCGUUCUCCGACCCCAAGGAAAGACAACGACGAGAGCCUCAACUGAUGAUCUUGCCAAAGUUUCUGCUUCCGUAUGUUUCCUUGCUAUUGGUGUGCACAAAGUACACAUUAUUCCGUUGUUCAAACCAUCCUCACAACGGUCUUCCAGUCCAUCACUGGCCGCUCAUAACACUCAGUCGUCGCAUGGUAUCCUAACGCUGACUGAAGUGUGCGUGACCGAAAUUGACGAUACCUUCCAGCUAACCUUCCGGAAGCCGCUUGAACGUCCCAAGGUACUCCAUCUGGCAUCGUUAGCUUCGCGGGAUAUUGCUGUCCGUCUACGAUCCAUAGAAGCUAGUCUCAGACCUGAGUGGGAGACGCGACCUUUUGACUUCCUUGUCCCAGACGACGUGUAUCAUGACGUUGCUCGACAAGAAAGCCCACAUCCGAUGGACCAAGAUUCUUUGGAUAGAACCUUGAUUGGAUACUGUGUUGCUUACGACGUACAGCCAGAAAACAUUAGCUAUCAGAUCACCUACCCUGCCGAGGAUGCACCGCGCUUUGAGCUCCUACCACCUGUCGGGCUACGCAGAAACCAGUAUAAUACCCUCGAGCUACUCGCCGUCAUGCGUGCCUUGCGCUAUAACGAGACCUUUGGUGGUAUCUCUUUCAAAGAUGUAAAGUUGGAUGUCUUAAAUGGAUUGAAAGAUCCCAACGGCGCUGAGCACCUUUGCCUCAAGACAAAGCGCGGCACAUAUGCACGGCUAGACAUCGAAGAGCUGGAACGGUCUUGUCUACUAGUGCAAGAGAUUCGCGCUUUGGCCUUGACGAACCGAAAGCUGCGGAGAAUGGACUUUACCUCGUGCAUCUCACGAAAACCAAGAGACCACGGGGAAUCUAGAGGUAGUGCUAGAGAUCAGGGCUGCGGCAUUGUGGAAGCCCUUUUUCCGCUGUGCAAGUACCAGACCACCAAUGUCGAUUGGAUAGCAUUGAACAAAAUACAACUUGGAGAUACAGAUUUGGAUUACCUUGUCGCGGCAGGUGUCGAACGAGCUUGCCACUUCCGCGGACUUGAGUUGAGUGGGUGUGGUCUAACGGAUCGGUCGCUCUCUCUUGUUCUGGAUGCGAUCCGCGCGCAGGAAACCACCCUCGAAGCUUUGGAUCUGUCGUCGAACCCGUUCAGAUUAUCACCGAGCAUGUUUGACUCUCAGAUUGGCGUUUUUGGAUACCUCACACGACUCAAUCUGUCGCAUGUUGCGCGCUCUUCGGGUCUCGAGUCGCUGAUAUCGGUCGAAACCUUUGCUGGCUGGAGGUUACAGGAGUUGAUCUUGAGUGGCACCUCGCUCAACUCUGCCAUGGUUGACGCAAUAGCUGGUUACCUUGUAAACUACAAGCAAUCCUCCGCUCUUCGCGAACUACGAUUGGAUCAUUGCUUUUUGACUGGAAGUGACAUUGCAUACCUCUUGCACUCGAUGACAGAGCACCCUGGAAAGGCUCGCGAGUUACAUUUGGAUGUCAGUGAGAACAAUAUCGAAGAAGACCUGGAUAAGUUGACCAGGGCAAUCUCCAAAGGUCUCGCCCCAUCCAACUUCACCCUCCGCCUGCUGGAGUUUGAAGAGGACGCCGACUUCCGCAAGAUGAUACUUGCGUUGGCCGCUAAUAACACCAUUCGACAGCUCGAUAUCUCGCGAGCAUCUUUACCAUGUGAUGCCUCCGAAGAGACUUGCCAGGCGAUGGAGAAGAUGUUUGCUGAUAACACUAGUCUUGAAUGGCUUGACAUAUCCGGAGAGGACUCCCGGCUAGAGACAACCAAGCUAGGUGUUGGCAUCAACCGAGCACUACGGGGUUUGCAGCGCAACCGAACCCUGCGUGCCUUGUACAUCAGAUAUCAAAAACUCGGCGUACAAGGCGCCAGCACCCUCGCCGACGUCCUCAAAGUAAACACGACCCUCCAAUAUCUCUACUGCGAAGACAACGGUAUAGCCCUAACCGGCUUCACCGACCUCGUCAACGCCCUCCACCGCAACACAACCCUCCUCUUCCUCCCCACGAUGCAGGAAUCGCGGCAAAUGGCCCUCAAGCAAACCGAAGACCAAGUAAAAUCCAUGCGCGACGACGUCUCCCUCCCCACGUCCUCCAAAUCCAGCUCCGUCCGAAGCCGCCUCACCAACCGCGUCGUCAGCGGCAAAUCUUCUAAAGAACCAACCUAUCCGAUGGGGCUUUCGGAUCAAGAUAUAAAAGCUGCGCUUGGCCUUGUGGAUGAGAGUUGGGCAAGACAAGAAUAUAGAUUACAGCAGUACCUACAACGCAACCACAACAUCGCCCACGGCAUACCAACAGCUAUGGACGUCGACGAGGAAGACUUUGAGCGGCCCGAUACAGCAAACAGUCUCGGUAAGAUUCUCGAAAAGGUCACAAUUGAGAGUACGCCUACACGGGAGAAGGAUGUUCAACUAGGUGUUUAUAGCCCGAAGACGAAGCCGAUUGAGAAGGAUGUCCAGCUAGGUGUUUAUACCCCAGAGUUUUACCUACCGGAAUUGCACACACCGGGGACGGGUACGCCAAGGAGCGAUGUGGUGGACUACGACGUCACGCCCUUGGAAAAGGAGCUAGAGAUGAGUUUUGGAGAGAAUAGGCGCGCGUUUCCGUUUCCGACAAGGUGAUGAGAUAAGGACCAUGGAAGCCGUUGCCUUCAGGGACUCCCGCGCAUCCUCCCAUCCUCCCAUUCUGGAUAUUUCUUUCUCCAUUUUAGGUCCUCCUGAUCACGAACGAGCUCGAGCUGCCCAUGUACAUAUAGAAAGCGCGUCUGGUUUUUUGCAUAUCGACCCUCGAAGCCCAGGGGGUUCAAUCGGCGUUUUUCUUCUUACUUAUUUUCUUCACAGCAUGCAACAAUACGAUGGCGAGGGAAUGUGCAUAUUAAGUUGGAUAACGUUUGGGGGUUCUGUGAUACCAUAGAUAUUUGAAUAAACAAAGAAUUCCGAACCUCUGGAAACGACCAACAUGCUUUCCAAGGCCUUCCAGUAGUAAAAACAGGCUGUUGUUUUGAUGGACAUGCUCGUGCUUGAACGCAGUCCCGACGCUGUUGAGUACAGCUUCUCAAGAUCGCAAUGCAUGAUAUUUCCCAAAAACCUACAGAAUCAUUCUAU